GCGCGGAGUAGGCGCAUGCGCAGGCGCAUCCCUCCCGGGGCCUCCAGCCGCACUACCUCCGAUCACGCGCGUGACGCCAUCUGGCUCCGACGCGCCGGAGGCGGGGGCCUCCGAACGCUGCCACCGCCCGUGCAGUCCUUCGGCGCGUGCUGUUGUCGUACGGCCCCGACGCGCGGUGACGCCAUCGGGCCCCGACAUACGGCGGGCGGGAGGGGCGCGCGGGCGGCGCGUCGGCCGCCUGGGAGCCGUGGAGAGAGGGCGGGGAAAGGCGGUGGACUGAGAGGGAACCCGGCGGGGCGGAAAGGUGGCGGCCGGAACAUGGCACACCAGAUCCCUCUGUACCCGGUGCGCGGCGCGGCGGCCAGCCGCAAGCGCGCGGCCUACUACAGCGCGGCGGGUCCCGGGCCGGGGGCCGAGUGGCCCAGCAGGUACCAGCUGGAAGGUGAGUCUGCCCCUCUGGAUGAGAUGCCACUGAUGAUGUCGGAAGAAGGCUUUGAGGAUGAUGAAAGUGACUACCACACGUUACCCCGAGCCAGGGUCACUCGCAGGAGACGAGGACUGGAGUGGUUGGUUUGUGGAGGAUGGAAGCUCCUGUGCACCAGUUGCUGUGAUUGGCUGGUGAAUAUUUGUCAAAGAAAGAGGGAACUGAAGGCGCGCACAGUGUGGCUCGGACAUCCCGAAAAGUGUGAAGAAAAACAUCCCAGAAAUUCUAUAAAAAAUCAAAAAUACAAUACAUUUACCUUUAUACCUGGGGUUUUAUAUGAACAAUUCAAGUUUUUCUUGAAUCUCUAUUUUCUGGUAGUAUCCUGCUCACAGUUUGUACCAGCAUUGAAAAUAGGCUAUCUCUACACCUACUGGGCUCCUCUGGGAUUCGUCUUGGCUGUUACUAUCACAAGGGAAGCAAUUGAUGAAUUUCGGCGUUUUCAGCGAGACAAGGAAGUGAAUUCACACCUGUACAGCAGGCUCACAGUAAGAGGUAAAGUGCAAGUUAAGAGUUCAGACAUACAAGUUGGAGACCUCAUCAUAGUGGAAAAGAAUCAAAGAAUUCCAUCAGACAUGGUAUUUCUUAGGACUUCAGAAAAAGCAGGAUCAUGUUUUAUUCGAACUGAUCAGCUUGAUGGUGAGACUGACUGGAAGCUGAAGGUGGCGGUGAGCUGCACGCAGAGGCUGCCGGCCAUUGGGGACCUUUUCUCUAUCAGUGCUUACGUUUAUGCUCCAAAGCCACAACUGGAUAUUCAUAGUUUUGAAGGCACAUUUACCAGGGAAGACAGUGAUCCGCCCAUUCAUGAAAGUCUCAGCAUAGAAAAUACGUUGUGGGCGAGCACUGUUGUUGCAUCAGGUACUGUAAUAGGUGUUGUCAUUUAUACUGGAAAAGAGACUCGAAGUGUAAUGAACACGUCCAAUGCAAAAAAUAAGGUUGGUUUGUUGGACCUUGAACUCAAUCAGCUGACCAAAGCGCUAUUUUUGGCCUUAGUUGCCCUCUCGGUCGUCAUGGUGACCGUACAGGGCUUUGCGGGCCCGUGGUACCGCAACCUUCUCCGGUUCCUGCUGCUCUUCUCCUACAUCAUUCCUAUAAGUUUGCGUGUGAACUUGGAUAUGGGCAAAGCAGCGUAUGGGUGGAUGAUCAUGAAGGAUGACAACAUCCCUGGCACGGUCGUCCGGACCAGCACCAUCCCGGAGGAGCUGGGGCGCCUGGUGUAUUUGCUGACUGACAAAACAGGGACCCUCACCCAGAACGAAAUGGUAUUCAAGCGGCUGCACCUGGGCACGGUGUCCUACGGGGCAGACACGAUGGACGAGAUCCGCAGCCACGUUGCCAGCGCCCCCCCCAAGGUGCAGUCUCCAGCCAGUGGAAGCAAUACCAGUUCCACACCACCAAGGAUAGCCCAGUCUUCGGCUCCCAAACUUAGGAGAAGUGUUAGCAGUCGAGUCCACGAAGCAGUGAAGGCCAUUGCACUGUGCCACAACGUGACGCCGGUGUAUGAGUCUCGAGCCGGUGUGGCCGGGGAGGCAGAGUGUGCAGAGGUGGACCGAGAUCUCAGCGAUGAGAACCGUGCCUACCAGGCCUCCAGCCCCGACGAGGUAGCCCUGGUGCAGUGGACAGAGAGCGUCGGCCUCACCCUGGUCAACAGAGACCUCACCUCCAUGCAGCUGAGGACCCCCAGCGGCCAGAUUCUGACCUACUGUGUGCUGCAGAUGUUCCCCUUCACCUCGGAGAGCAAGCGGAUGGGCGUCAUCGUCAGGGACGAGUCGACGGCAGAAAUCACCUUCUACAUGAAAGGUGCUGACGUCGCCAUGGCCACCAUCGUCCAGUAUAACGACUGGCUGGAGGAAGAGUGUGGAAACAUGGCCCGGGAAGGUCUGCGUACCCUCGUGGUCGCAAAGAGGGCGCUGACGGAAGAGCAGUACCAGGACUUUGAGAGCCGGUACACUCAGGCCAAGCUGAGCAUCCACGAGCGGGCGCUCAAGGUCACGGCCGUGGUGGAAAGCCUGGAGCGGGAGAUGGAGCUGCUGUGCCUCACGGGGGUGGAGGACCAGCUGCAGGCCGAUGUGAGGCCCACCCUGGAGAUGCUGCGCAACGCCGGGGUCAAGGCACGCCCACAUCCGAGCCUCCGCCCUGACGUCGCCGUCCUGCAGUGUCCUGUCCUGUCCGGUCCUGUGGGGCGUCGGCUUUGUGCUAUAUGGAUGCUCACGGGCGAUAAACUCGAGACGGCCACCUGCAUCGCCAAAAGCUCACACCUGGUGUCCAGGACACAGGACGUCCACGUUUUCAGGCCAGUGACCAGCCGGGGAGAGGCCCACCUGGAGCUGAACUCGUUCCGCAGGAAGCAUGACUGUGCCCUGGUCAUCUCCGGGGACUCGCUGGAGGUCUGCCUGAAGUACUACGAGCUCGAGUUUGUGGAGCUGGCCUGCCAGUGCCCGGCCGUGGUCUGCUGCCGGUGCUCGCCCACUCAGAAGGCCCGCAUUGUGGAGCUGCUGCGGCAGCACGCCACAGGACGCACAUGCGCCAUCGCUUCUGCUGGUAGAGAAGGAAGCGAGGCCACGUCGAGGCUGAUCACGUCAUCUCACCGUGUCCCGUGCCUCCCAGGUGACGGAGGGAAUGACGUGAGCAUGAUCCAGGCGGCGGACUGCGGGGUUGGCAUCGAAGGGAAGGAGGGGAAGCAGGCAUCCCUGGCGGCUGACCUGUCCAUCACGCAGUUCAGGCACCUCGGCAGGCUGCUGAUGGUGCACGGGCGGAGCAGCUACAAGCGAUCUGCGGCGCUCGGCCAGUUCGUCAUGCACAGGGGCCUCAUCAUCUCCACGAUGCAGGCCGUGUUCUCCUCCAUCUUCUACUUCGCCUCGGUCCCUCUGUACCAGGGAUUCCUCAUGGUGGGGUAUGCGACUGUCUACACCAUGUUCCCCGUGUUCUCACUCGUGCUGGACCAAGACGUAAAGCCGGAGGUGGCACUGCUCUAUCCCGAGCUCUACAAGGACCUUGCCAAGGGGCGAUCCUUAUCCUUCAAGACCUUCCUCAUCUGGGUUUUAAUCAGUAUUUACCAAGGAGGCGUCCUCAUGUACGGGGCCCUGCUGCUCUUCGAGUCUGAGUUCGUCCACGUCGUGGCCAUCUCUUUCACGGCCCUGGUCCUCACGGAGCUGCUGAUGGUGGCUCUGACCAUCCGGACCUGGCACUGGCUCAUGGCCGUGGCUGAGCUCCUCAGCCUGGGCUGCUACGUGGCCUCACUCGCUUUUCUCAACGAGUAUUUCGACGUUGCCUUCAUCACAACCGUGACCUUCGUGUGGAAAGUGUCAGCCGUCACCGUGGUCAGCUGCCUCCCACUCUACAUCCUCAAGUACGUGAAGCGGAAGCUGUCCCCGCCCAGCUACUCCAAGCUCACCUCCUGAGGGCCAUGCACCUCCGGCCCCCCAGGGUGGUCCAGGGUCGUCCUGUGGGCAUGGGGCAUCAGGAGACGGGUGAGCACAGAGCCCCCAAGGACUGCCCGGGGGCAGGCCCGCCUCCCCUGUUCUUUCUUACCAUUUUUUCAAAACUUAAUUUCCAUAUUGAACCAGCUUGAGUUUCUACUGAAAACAAGCCCAAUUAUUUCACUGUUACCAUAACACUUUCAUCUUCUUCUGGUGUUCUGACAAUUGUAAAUUUAUUUAAUAUUCUGCAGUUUCCUAACAUUCAGACUCCUUGAUGUCACGGGUGCUCAGCUGGAAUAAAGUCUGGGUGCUGUGAA